AUGUCCGACCAGGAGGAAGUUGCCAACAGCUCGGGGUACUCGACCCCUGUCCCGGAACUAGACGACCACCGGAACCAGACGGCUUCAGCCCAUCGCCCGGCGGACCGUCCUCGCAGGGGAACCUUCGACUCGCUAUACGGAGCACGGGUAAUGGCGCCGGGGGGCGCUUCCGGGGAGCCUAGGGUCCGUGACUUCGAGGAAGCCAUUGUUGAUGAGGAUGCUGGAGAGCAGUCACCGAGCAUGCGACGAACCCGUCGCCCAACCAUCGAAUCGGUUUCUGAGCGGUCUUCAUCUCCGCCAAACUCGGUCAAGGCUUUCGCCGAGGCCCGUCGGCGGGAGCGUGGGCUCUCGGUCUCUGAUCCGAAGCUAGAGCGAAAGCCCGAGGAGCUCGAACUACAACGCACUGCAUCGGGCGCCAGCCGCAAUAGUUACCGCAGCAGGCAGCAGACGGUAGCGACAGCCGCCGAUACGGCGAGCCUGGCCACGAACAAAUCCGCCGAAGAGGACGUGUGCUUUCCGCUUCAGGACGAGCAGAGGGGUGAUCAUCUCUACAUCGAUUUCGACUACCUCGAGAGCUUCAUCCAAACGGAGAAUGAGGCCCGCGAAGCUGCCCGCCGUCCCUCGGCCGUCCGACUGUUUCCCGACUUGCGGCCCGAGAGCACCGAGACGGCAGCGCCGCCCCCUACUUUGACCAUCGACGGCGAUUUCUUGGGCACUCCGUUCGGUAGCGAGAGCCGCACCGAGAAGGCCGAAAGAUCGGAUACCGAGGAGCCGGCCAAGACUGUACAACCGCCGCCCCCGGUCGACCAUAGCCGAGUGAGCUUUUUCUCCUCCGCCUGGGAAUCGACCAUCCACGCGGCCGACCUUGAGGGCCUGAUCUUGCCGGGCGAGGACAUUCGUGGGCUCUUCACCUUCCCGAGGGGGGAGACGGACGGUGUCUGGUGGCUCAACAUCAACAAGCCGUCAGAGGAGGAGGUCCGUGCGAUCUGCCGGGCCUUUGGCGUUCAUCCUUUGACGGUGGAAGACGUCACGACGCAGGAAUCCCGCGAGAAGAUUGAGCUCUUCCCCUCCUACUACUUCGCCUGCUUCCGGUCAUUCGGCAUCGAACGCGAUGAGGAGACCGGGGAGAACGAGUUCGUGCCGUUCAACAUUUAUGUGGUUGUUUUCCGCGAGGGCACGCUGAGUUUCAGCUACUCCAGCAACCCGCAUGCCUCUCAUGUUCGGAAGAGAAUCGCCAUGUUGAAGGAUUAUGUUGCAUUGAGCAGUGAUUGGAUCUGCUAUGCCUUGAUCGACGAUAUUGUUGAUUCUUUCGCACCCGUCAUCAGCAGGCUAGAGGCCGACACCGACCAGAUUGAGGACGAAGUGUUUAUCGCCCGGACGGACGACAUGGCCGAGUUCCUGCGCAAGAUUGGCACUGCGCGCAAGAACACCAUGGCCCUAAUGCGGCUGCUGGGCGGCAAGGCCGACGUCCUCAGAGGGUUCACAAAGCGUUGCAACGAGAACUACAAGGUCACGCCGCGUAUGGACAUCGGCCUAUAUCUCGGUGACAUCCAGGACCACGUUGUCACCAUGAUGAACAACCUCGGACACUUCGAAAAGAUGAUGUCCCGCGCCCAUAGCAACUAUCUGGCGCAGAUCUCCAUCGACGGCAUUACCCAGGGCACCAACACCAACAGGGUCCUGAGCAAGAUCACCUUGCUGGCAUCCAUCGUCGUCCCGCUAAACGUGGUUACUGGGCUCUUUGGCAUGAACGUCAUGGUUCCUUGGCAAGAUGCCAAUUCAUUGGGGCCUUUCUUUGGUGUUCUGGGCUUUUUGAUCACAUUCUGUGUCGUCUGCGCAUAUAUAGCUUACAAGAUGCGGCGGCUACUGUAG